CUGGUCAAGCUAGCUAGCUGCACGCUACCAAGACUAGACUCCCUUGCAAGCUAUCGCUUAGAGAGACAACAAGAGCUGUACCUGUGUGUGUGUGUUAUCCAAGAAGAGAAACUGCAAGCCCUCCCCUGUCGGACAUACCGUGCGUGAGAUGGGUCUCUGUGUGCUACUGCUUGUGGCUGCUCUGACAGCCCUUGCUCGAGGACAAGGCCCUAUGAUCACAGAACAACCAAGCAACCAGACAGAUAUCCCAUUGGGUGAAAAUACCACAUUCACAGUCACAGUAAAUGCUACUGGAGGCAUCAUUACCUACCAGUGGCAGUAUGGUGGGAGGAACAUUACCAACACUGCUGACAUGUACUCUGGCACCACCACAUCCACCCUCACUGUCAUCACAGUAGCUGCCUCUGAUGAGGGAGCUUAUACCUGUGUUGUGUCAAAUGAGAAUGGAACUGUGACCUCUGCCCAGGCAUUUCUAACAGUUGUGAUUGAUUGUGGCUCACUUCCCAACCCUGGUAAUGGAUCAGUGAGCACUUCUAAUACUACUCGUGGAGGUAUUGCUACCUACUCUUGUGACACUGGCUUCAAUCUGGAUGGAAGUAUGACCAGGACAUGUCAGAUUGAUGGAGACUGGAGUGGGACUCCUCCAACUUGUGAUAUUGUCAACUGUGGUGGCCCCCCUAACCCCUCCAAUGGAGCAGUGAACACAUCCUCUGGAACCACCUUUGGGGACACUGCUACCUACAGCUGUAACACUGGCUACAAUCUGAAUGGAACAAACACUAGGACUUGUCAGGCUAAUGGAAACUGGAGUGGCAAUGAACCAGCUUGUGAUAUUGUCACCUGUCCAGCUCUCUCUGACCCUAAUAAUGGAAUGGUCAAUGUGCCUAGCAACAACUUUGGGAGCAUUGCUACCUACACCUGUGUCCGUGGCCACAAUCUGACUGGAGACGCCACUAGAACUUGUGAGGCUACUGGAAUGUGGAGUGGCAGUGUACCAGUUUGUACUCUUAUUAACUGUGGUGACCUCCCUGGUCCGGACAAUGGCUUGGUCACUAUCACUAUUGGCGACUUUGGUAGCAAUGCUUCCUACACGUGUGAAACUGGGUACAAUCUGAAUGGAGAUAUGACCAGAAUGUGUCAGGAUAGUGGAGACUGGAGUGGCACUGCUCCUACUUGUGAUCCUGUUGACUGUGGUUCCCUGGACGACCCCACUGAUGGAGCAGUGAACACAUCCUCUGGAACCACCUUCAUGAUGAAUGCUACCUACAGCUGUGACUUUGGCUAUAAUCUGAAUGGAGUCACCACCAGGACUUGUCAGGCUACUGGAGACUGGAGUGGCGGUGAUCCAACCUGUGAUAUUGUCACCUGUCCAGCUCUCUCUAACCCUGAUAAUGGAAUGGUCAACGUACUUAACAACAACUUUGGGACCGUUGCUAACUACACGUGUAACACUGGCUACAUGCUGACUGGAGAUGUAAUUAGAGUUUGUGAGGUUAAUGGAGACUGGAGCGGGACUGCUCCAACUUGUGAUAUUGUCACCUGUCCAACUCUCUCUGACCCCACCAAUGGAAUAGUUGAUGUCACCACUACCACCUUUACGAGCAAUGCUACCUACACCUGUAACUCUGGAUACACUCUGACUGGAGAUAUGACCAGGACUUGUGAGGCCAGUGGAAAUUGGAGUACUAGUGAACCAACAUGUACUGCUGUUGAUUGUGGCUCCCUCUCUGACCCCUCCAAUGGAAUGGUUGAUGUAACUACCACCACCUUCACGAGCAAUGCUACCUACACCUGUAACACUGGCUACAAUCUGACUGGAUAUAUGACCAGGACUUGUGAGGCCAAUGGAAAUUGGAGUACUAGUGAACCAACCUGUGACUUGACUUGUGAGGACCUCACACUAAUCAAUGGGAUGGUUGUGUACAACGACACCACCAUCCCCAGAGCUGUGGGCUCCACUGCCACCUACUCCUGUAACACUGGCUAUAACCUAACCCUCGGUGAUGUACGUGACUGUACAGCUACUGGCUGGGUGGGUACCGUGGCAACGUGCAUGGCUGUUGACUGUGGUGACCUCACUGACCCCAUCAAUGGAACAGUGGACACAUCCUCUGGAACUACUUUUAAUAUGACUGCUACCUACACCUGUGACACUGGAUACACUCUGACUGGAUACAACACUAGGACUUGUGGGAGUGAUGGAGUGUGGAUGCCUCAGGCUCCCAUCUGUAAUCUGACCUCCCCUAGCAUCACCACACAGCCAGGGAACACUGCCUACCUCAUCCCUGGAAACACUGCAACCUUCACUGUGAUGUCAGGAGAACUCCAGCUGUCCUACCAGUGGCAAGUCAACGGUGCUGACAUCAACGACACAGCUGGUCGUUAUUCUGGCACCACCACGGGCACUCUGACUGUGCUCAAUGUAACUGAUGCUGACAGUGCACUAAUGUUCUCGUGUGUAAUCACCAACCCUGCUGGAAGCAUCACUUCCAUGCCGCCUGCUCAAAUACUCAUUUUGUCACUCCCUAGAGUAACGAUGAUGAUAAUGGACCAAGUGGUUGGUGUUGGUGACAAUGUAAUAAUAUCUUGUUCUGCUGUGUCUGAUGAUGGACUGGUGACCGUGGGCCUAACAACAACAGCUAGCAAUAUGGCUGACCUUCCCUUGCCUGUGGCUAACAACACUAUGGUAGAGCUGAUGAAUGUGACGAUGGAUCGUGCUGGUAACUACACCUGUACUGCUACUAAUGCCCGAGGGCCUGUCACCUCCACUGGUCGCCUCUACGUAGUGGCUGUUGAACCUAUAGCUGACCAGAGUGUCCCCACUGGCAAUAAUGCCACCUUCAUCUGUGUGGCAGUGGGUGCUCCUAGCAGUGUCAUGUACAAUUGGACGCACGAUUUGUCUGGGAUGUCUGUACCUAUAAGAAACUCCAUGAUAGCUGAUCGUGUCUUUGGUAUCAACACUAACAUGUUGACUAUUAUGAAUGUGGGUGUUCAAGAUGAGGAUGGAUAUAGGUGUACUGUCAGUGUGGAUGGAGUGAUGCUGGAGUACUUCACUGCUAUGCUCUCUGUUGUCACUCCAUUCUUCAACCAGACACUGUUACCAGAGUACCUGCUCACUGCUGGAGAUACCCUCAAUCUGACUUGCAUAGGGGAGAACCCAGUGGGAGCAGAGUCUCCACUCUUUAUACAAUGGAGAUUUGACUUUACUUUCUUAAACGAAUCUGAUCCAAGAAUCACUAACAUGAUGAUUGGGUCUAACCAGCUACUCAGUCAACUGCUGAUUCCCAACAUUCAGCCUACCUAUAGAGGCGAAUUUGGUUGUUAUCUUUCCAACAGACGUACCUUUGAAACUAUAAAUGCAGUAUCCAGCUUAACCAAUGUCACAGUUUUCUUUACUCCUGAACCAAGUUUCCCUGCUGGAGGAUAUCGAUUCCAAGCUGGCACUAACAAUGAUGUUGAAUGCACUAUACAGUCUAUACCUAUGACUACAUUUGCUGGACUCUUUGAGGUCGUUGAUGGGGUUGAGGUACUAAGGGCCAAUGUAACACAGCCAGACAACAUGCCUUCUGUUAAAGUGAAGUACACCAUCAUGAAUAUACAACUGGAUAGGCACAAUCGUGUCUUUGUGUGCCGUGCAACUAACCAGAAUGGAAAUGAAUCAGUACAGACCACUAUCCAGGUGUUUGGUGUUCCUGACCAAAUUAACCACAGUCUCAUUGUAACCACACCCAUUUCCUUGGCAUCUAUGAGUGUUCGCUUCCCCACCCCUAGUGACAACAACUCCCCCAUCACUGCCUACAUGUACAUGCUAUGUCAGGGCCCGUGCGCCAACUCAGCCACUCCAACGACCACUAUGAAUUACCAAGAUGGAGACGGCUACAUACUGUUUACUAUUGGUGGUCUGAUACCAAACAGUGUGUAUACUCUGAGAGUGGCUGCCGUUAACGAAGCAGGCAAUGGACCCACACCCACUAAUGAUACUGAUGCUCACACCUUCAACUCCUCCACUAGUGCUGAUGCAGCCCCUGUCAACCUGAUGGUGUCCACCAACGUAAUCACCCGAACAUCACUGCUCCUCAGCUGGGCCCUCCCCCCUCUAGCCAUGCCUGCUGAUGUGGUCACCACGAGCUUUAACAUCUCCUGGACUAGGGCGACUGAUGCUGAUCCCCCUCUCUUUGAUAUCAUUCCGUUUGUGCCUAACCUACCUCAAGGCUAUCUCAUCAGCGGCCUAGUAGCGGACGGACUCUAUGAGAUUUCUGUUGUCGCAAUAUAUUCAGCUCCCAUGUUCACCAGCAGUGCAGCUAUGAUUAUGCAGAGAACCCUUGAUGUAGGAUUGGAACCUCCUGCACUCAUCAACAAUACCAAACCCUUCACCGCCAUUGGCCAGCUCCCUGCAGAAGGAGGGUCACCCACUAGCGUACGAAUAGAAUGGCCUGUACCACCAGUACUAUUUGUCAGAGGCUACCGUGUUAUCAUCACCUUUGUACCGUUCACAUCACCGACACGAAGGAAGCGUCAGGCUCCUGUCACCAUAACCACCCCUAAUAACUUUACUGUGAUCAAUGAUUUCUCUGGAGGCGCUACAUACACUCCCAAUGUAGCUGCUGAGAUUGGACCUGAUGGGUCAGAUCCUGUCUUUGUGAAUGUGUUUCCUAACGACGCCACCUUCAUUGCACCAGAGAGAGCUCCUAAUCGCCCGACCGGUUUGAUGGUGGUCCCUAAUCCUUAUCGUGCACUGGACCUCUCCUGGAACCUUCCGACACAACCUAAUGGAGUCUUGCGACGAUGCACCAUAACAGAGACCAGCUCCAUAACAGGGAUCCAGGCACUGACUACACAUUCGAAUUGA